AUGGCAGACGAACCAAAUUCUAGAGGGGACGAUGAGCAGCAACAGAAUCCUGAGCGAUACAAUGACCAGCAACAAAAACCGCCUUUUCGUGGAGGACAAAACAUGAUGAAUAACAUGCCAUUUGAUCCGUCUGUUAUGAAGAUGGGCAUGAUGAAUCCUGUGCAAUACCAACAACGCCUGCAGCAAAUGAUGAUGAUGCAGCAAUUCCAAAGACAACAGACACAGCGAUACGUGAGCUCUGCUGCUGCUAUGGCUGCUGCCGCUGCUGCUGCCGCUAACAACAACAACAUCAACAAUGCAUCCAACAUCCCACCCGAAACGCAAAAGCCACCUUCUGGUUAUGUUUGCUUCAAGUGCUCACAACCAGGCCAUUGGAUCUACUACUGUCCCAAUGUGCCUAAAGGACAGUUUGUGCAAAGAACAGGCGCUGCAAGAAAUACCAAUACAAGCAGCCAAUUUGAGGAUCAAGGUGGCAACAAUCAGAAACCUCAAGAGCUGACUUGCAUGAUUUGCGAUAAAUUAAUGACAGAUGCUGUUGUGGUGCCUUGCUGUGGAAAGUCAUUUUGUAAAGAAUGCAUAACUAAUACAUUGGAGAAAUCGAACCAUUGUCCCUUUUGCAACCAAGAAAACAUCAGUGCGGAUCAACUUAUCCCGAAUCGUACACUGCGAAUGGCCAUUCAAGUCAGGAUGGAGGAGGACGACAAGAAGAAGCAAGAGCAAAUGGAUAUCGAUGAAUCACUUCAACAACAGCAACACCAAGAUCAACAAGAGCAAGAGCCUAUAAAAGAUGAAGAAACUAAUAAAGUUGUUGAAGAGAGAAAAUUGCCAAUGAGAAUGAUGAAGCCUCAUAACCAAGCACACAGUUAUCCACACCCGCCACCUCCUAAUCCAGACCUGUUCAAUGCUGCUGGCGGUAUGCCUGACAUGAGCUGGAUGAAUAUGGGACGUCCUCCUUUUAUGAAUAAUCGAUUCCCUGGCUUUGGAGCCCCUGACAUGAAUUGGAUGAGAAAUAAUAAUAGUAAUAGCAACGGUGGUGACAAUGAGAUGGACAUGGACUUGUCUCAGCGUCCUCCUCCUCCUUUCAUGCCCGGAUUCCCAGGUGCUUUCAAUCCAAAUGGUAGUGGCGACAUGCCCCCUUUCCCUGGUAUGCCUCCGCCACAAGAGUUCUUUGGUUUCGGUGGUAAUAUGCCUUUCAAUAACAAUAGCAACAACAGCAUGCGUGGAGGAUUCAACCCAAUGCGUGGAGGUCGAGGUGGUGGCAGAGGCGGCGGUCGUGGUGGAUACUAUCAAGGUGGUGCAAGACGCCGAUCAGACUAUCAACAAAACAGCAAUCAACACUAUCAGCAUGAGGACGACAAACAAAAAUCAUCGUCUGCUGCCAACCGCUCAUCUUCCAGCACAAGAGAUAGAUCAAGAAGCAACAGCAGAUACGAUCAGAAAAGACAUUCUUCAAGAUCCCGUUCUCCUCGUCGUGAUUCUAGAAGACAUGACGAAGGCAGCAGCAGCAGCAGCAGCAGAAGAUAUCGUGAUGAAAGUACCCGUAGCGGCAGUAGACGCCGUGAGGAGAGCUCUCAUGGAAGUAGCAGCAGAUACUACGAUGAUAGCAGCAAACGAUCUCGGGAUGAAAGUAGCAGACGACGUGGUAGCAAAGACGACAGCAGCAGACAUCGAGAUGACAAGCAAAGCAGCCGAAAGUACGACACGGAUGAUUACUCUGACAGAGAAGACGAUUUCAAACGAAGAGACCACUCCUCUAGAAGAUCAAGAUCACCCAAAGAGGAACGGUCAUCUUCUCGCCACGGACAUUCAUCGUCUUCCUCUCGAAGAUACCAUCGAUCAUCGAGAUAUAGCAAUAGAAGUCGUGAAAGAGAGAGAGACAGACCAAGAGAAAAGAGCAGCAGUGAUAGGGAUCGACGAAGAAGUGACAGACGCUGA